AUGGAUGAAUGUCGCGAAAAUGCUCGAAAACUUCUAAAGACGACUAGGAGGAACAAUGGUCCAGACAUCUAUACCCAAGAUGUGCCAACAUACAACGUUGAAUUUGAGGAACUCUGGUCAGAUAUUAGUGGACGCAAAGACGAUGGUGAUGUACUCGAAAAUCUCCUCGUUGCAGAGGCUUGCCUUCGCGACAGGAAGGCUGAAAAGCCUGAAGACGACAAAAAUAUAAGUGCUGCAAACUCAAUACUGCACUGGACAUUGGGCGUUCUUCCUCCGGGAGAAGAGCUUGCAUCUUCAUGGAGUGAUUUUCAGCUUGCAGAUGGGGAACAAAAAACUUCCAUAAUAUCAAAAUACCGAGAGGAUCGGCUCAAAGCAACCGUUGGAUUACGAGUGCUACUUCAUAUACUUCCCAUUGUUUUAGCGGAUGGGACUAAGCAUGCUGAAGAUAUCCUCCCAAGCCUUGCUAUGUUCAAUUCAUCAAGCGACCCUUGGACAACAGAUGAAGCUGCCCGAAUGACGACCAAGCUUCUCCAAGAAUAUGAAUUAAAACUGCGGGAAGAAGAUUUAUUUGGCACUAUUAUUGAAGACAUUCUUCGCAAGAAGGUGAAGCCGGCAUUCUCUAAAACGAAGACUCCAGCAAUUACUCCCGCAGGACGCAAGGAUAUCCAUCCAAUUCCCCAACCAAGCUUUGACCCCACGCUAUUUGAUACAGGGACCAAACCGUGGAAAUUCAAAGAAGGGUAUAUUGUAUCAAUUCUCAGCUGGAUUGUCACACGAUACCAGAACACAGAAUAUAGUAUGAUCGAACGACACUUCCCGCUGCUUGUUCCUGCAAUUUUAUCAUUCAUUGAUGACGAAAACAUUGCAUACAAAGCUGCAGGCUGUAGCUUACUCAAGGCCGUCCUUGGCCCACUUGAACGGGCCAAAUCCGAUAUCUUACGCCGCACAAACCUUGACUCUGUUUUUCAAGAUGCGUUGUCUCACUGCCUCUUAUCUAUACCUACAAUCACCCCAGAGAAGGAAUCGGUAUAUCUCCUAAGUUUAGCAUAUCCAGCUAUAUUCUCCGUUAUCAGGACGCGGUUCGCUUUUUUUGCAAAUUACAAAGGAGGUUUCAGCAAGCCACAGCCUACGAAACCCAAGGCUGAAUUUGAAAGGGAUACCCAGCUACGGAUUGAAUCACUUUCACGAAUUGUCCGCCAUCAUAUUAUAUCCUCGUAUCUUCAUACCAGCAGCCCGAGGCCAACCGAGGACACAUCAAUUUCUUCAUAUCCCCAUCCAUUACUUUCUACACUAUUGCUGAAGCAAUUGGCUGAAGCAGUGAGCAGCCUUGAAAUUGAAGCUACGAAGUACUUGCAGGAUGUUGUCCCUCUGCUUUCCUCAACGCUCACAAACCCUUUUGGGUUAGCAUAUAUCCCAUUACUCAUUGCUGCUGGCCAGUGCUACCAGUCAGUUAUUUUGAAUUGCUGGCCGCGCUUAUCAAGAUGGAGAGGCGAUAUAUUAGCUGGAAUAUGCACAUGUUGGCUUAGGUUGUGUGAUGAUAAGGAGGAUGGCAUAUUCUCGAAUAAGGAGGAGUCGGAUGACAGAGUACAGCUUCGGUCUGUUUUACAAGGCUUGGUGGUACUUUUGAAGGCUAUUGAGUUGGAAAAAGCUGCCGAUUUCGAAAUCGAGCUUAAGACUAUGGUAGAUGCCGACGCUAGGUUGGAAAGUCUUCUGCUUAUAUAG